GGUCCAAUCUGUUACCUCAAAACAAGGCCAACAUCACCUGAGCUGUUCUUGCCUUCUAAUGAAAAUACUGGCUGGGGUUAGAGCUCAGUCCGGCAAGCCAAGGGCCCAGCCUGAGCCACCCCGGGGAUCAGGAGCUUUUCUAAUUGGAACGCGCCACACACUCCCCAAGCCAGUCUUCAAGCCACUUAAAGCAGCACCAACAGUCACAAUGAAAGUUCUAAUCUCUUCCCUUCUUCUGUUGCUGCCACUAAUGCUGAUGUCCCCGGCCUCUAGCAACCCAAAUCCAGGGGUCGCCAGAGGCCACAGGGACCAACGCCAGGCCCACAGGAGGUGGCUCCAGGAAGGCGGCCAAGAAUGUGAGUGCAAAGAUUGGCUCCUGAGAGCCCCUAAAAGAAAACUCAUGACAGCGCCUGGGCUGCCAAAGAAGCACUGUCCCUGUGAUCACCUCAAGGACAAUGUGAAGAAAACCAGACACCAAAGGCACCACAAGAAGUCAAACAAGCACUCCAGAGCCUGCCAGCAAUUUCUCAAACGAUGUCAGCUAGCAAGCUUUUCUCUGCCUUUAUAGAGCACUGAGGACCCACUCUCCCAAUUAAGCAUUCUCAGUCAAGAAGGCAGUGAGGAUGCUAUUUUCUCCCACCUUAUCCUUUUCCCCCACUCCAAAUCAAUUUGUUCCAGUGUUCUCGCAAAGCAUCUUUUCUAAGGUCUUUUUGGUUAUUGCCCCAUCUAGCACCUUCUCUUUUGAGUCUUUUCCUGUGCCCUCCCCUUACCCAAGCUUGACCUUAAUUACCUGAAAGAAGCCCAGAAACCCACUUCCUAGUUGGUCUCACCUAACCUUAAAAACAAUCAGGCAAGUAGCAACAAAGGUCAAUAAAUAUUUUUAAAUGUAA